AUGCAUUUCCCUAUGAGUAUCAGCCAAAUUGAGCUUCUGAAUGGCUCUAACUUCAGAAAAUGGAAAUCUGACAUUGAGCUCAACUUGGGAAUACUUGACUAUGAUCAUGUGCUCAAGGAGGAUCCACCUGAGGAAUUGACACCAACUGCAAGCAAGGAGGCCAAAGAGAAGUUUGAAAAAUGGCACAAACACAACAAAAUGGCUUUGAUCAUGAUCAAGAAAAGCAUACCUGAUAAUGUGAGAGGAGGCAUUCCAGAUUCUGAGUAUGCCAAGGAGUUCUUCAACUCCAUUGCUGAGAAGUUUAAAAUCUCAAAUAAGGCUGAGAUAAAUAAUCUCAUGAAAUCACUCAUGAGAAUGGAGUUUAAUGGGAAAGGCAGUGUUAGAGAAUUCAUCAUGAGAGGUUCUGAUAUUGCUGGAAAACUAAGGGGACUGAAUAUGGUUGUGGAAUAUUCAUUCCUGGUUUACAUGCUGCUAAACAAACUGCCAGAAGAGUAUCAUAAUCUGAAAUCACUCUACAAGACUCAGAAGGAGCAGUGGACUGUGAAUGAAUUGAUCUCACUCUGUGUUGAAGUUGAAGUUGAAGUCAAGAAGAAAGGAAAAUAG